GGAUCUCUCAGGAGGCUCUCUUUGAGCGGUUGAAAAAACUUGACUUUAGCAAGUUUGAGAGGCUAAUAUCUACUAUUGUGAUGAAGUCCUGGCCCAAGACUGGCAAUGGAGAAUACCUGGAAGGGGAGGACUGUGUAGUGGAACAUCUUCUCAACUGGUCCAUGGCCAAAAGUGUCUUUCAAGUCCAAGGUGAAAAUCUGAAAAUGAUUGACCAUUUGUCAGACGAUGCUAAAGAGCGGAUGGUUGUGGCAUGCUCUGCGUUCAGUUCUGUCUCAGAUAAAGUCAUCAACGGCAACAUCCAGAUGAAGACUCUCAGCAAAGUCCUCUCAAGGAGAACAACAUUCAUUGAGCUUUUGAAGAUAGAUGGCCUGUGUGAAGAUGGUCGUUGUAAGGACGACACCACUAUGAACAGAUUACUGAGAUUUAGAGAAGAAGAAAUGGAGAAUGUGAACAGUUACAAGAAGAUGGUUGAGGGCCUAGUUAUAAUUUGUCUCCAACUCCAGGAGCAUCUGAAAGUCGAUGUGAAAGAGCUGGAGCUCAAAAACCAAAAGAACAUAGAUCAGAUGACGCUGGAUGAAUUCAUGGAAGUUCACAGACUUGACGGGCACAUCUCUGACGUAACUGGGGAGGUUACAUACUUUAACCUCUGUAAUGCCACCAGUCAGAUGGCAUUUAAACUAAAUGCUGUCAGGGAAAGCUUCAUUUUUGCUAUGUGCUUGGAGUAUCAAGCCAAAGAUCUUUCCCACAAACAUAUUGACACUGACGAGAUUGAGGUGUACACUCUUGAUGUGAUCCACAGCAAAAUAUUCCAGGGUUGCUAUGAUAAUUACAAGAGGAUCUAUGAGAGUUUGAAAUCUGGCACUUUAUCAUUGGAGGAUGUGGAUAGCAUCUUUGAAGUCUACAAAGACAAGUACGAUGAGAUGAAAAAUGAUCUGGAGAUCAUGUGCAGAAUCAACUUGUCUGAUGAUCAAAGAUGGAUCAGGAGGCGAAUCAAGCAGAUCCAACAGUACCAUGACCUUCAUCAAGCAUUGGAUUCAGCCAAGGUCAUUAUGGAUGUCAGAGAGACAAUCUGUCCUCAAGGGGACUUCAAAGUGCUACAGAGUUUGCUGGAUGUGAGUAAUGCAGACUUUAAGGAGAAGAGUCUGAAUCACAUUGAUGACAAUUUGAUGGAGACUAAAAAGGUUCUUGAGGACAUCACAGAACCUCGCAGACUGUGUCUUCAGGAGCUUGGCCUUUGGGGGAACUUUGUCAAAUGGGUCAAAGAAGCUCUUGAAGAUAUCAAUGAGCUGAAGGUGUUUGUCGACCUGGCCUCCAUCUCUGCUGGAGAGAACGACUUGGAUGUGGACCGUGUAGCCUGUUUCCAUGACGCUGUUCUUGGUUACUCCUCGAUGCUGUAUGGGUUACCCCAAAAUGCUGACUUUAAUGCCUUCAAGGAGGCUUUGACAAAACUAUGGAAGGCGCUUGGAAGUGACAGCAACAUACCAAAUAAGCUGCGGGAUACUGCACGCCAUUUGGACUGGUUGAAAACUGUGAAGGACAGCCACGGGUCUGUGGAACUCUCUUCUCUUUCUCUGGCCACGUCCAUCAACACAAGAGGCAUCUAUGUUAUUGGUGCACAUAACCAGAAGAAGCUGAGUUUAGACACUGCCCUGAAGCUACAGGUUCCAGACCAGCAGGAGGAAGGUCAGAUGCGCAACUACUCCUUAGAAGACCUGAGAGAUCUGCAAAACAAGCUCAUGCUGAUGUCUGGAAAGGGGGAGCAAAGCCAGAGUGAGGUGGAUCACUUUACUGAGGUUUUUGACAGUGUCCAGAGACUAGCUGUAGCAUUUGUAGAUCUUUAUGCUGCUGGGAACCCACUUUUUAGGGUUUGGGAGGCCAAGAUUCACUGCAAUAUGGAAAGUGACACUGGUGUCACAAUGGACUUCAACCUUGGCAACAUCCUACGAAAGAUCAUGGUGGAGGGCAAUGCAGUCAAACAGCUUACAGACCUGUGCAGGAAGAUAGAGAUGUGUUUGGAUGACUGGAAUAGAUUCAUGGACAAACAGAGAUCUCAGUACUAUUACCUCAACUAUUACACAGCAGAGCAGAUAGUCUACCUUUGUAAUGUUUUGACCGAAAAUAAUCUGAACAAUAAAUUGGAGGAAAACGUCUUGAUGAUGCUCUCUUUCAUCAAACCUGACUGCUCUGUGUCAGAAGUGUGGGAGUCAUGGAUGACUUUUCAGAACCACGCCAUGAAUACAGCUGGGCAAGAGGAAGACACCAGUUGUCAGACUUUUAUUAACCUUCAAAGUGACAUGGAAAACUUAGAUUCCUCUUUUGCAAGUGACAGAAAAUGUACCAUUGAUGUUCUACAGAGCGUUGUAGACCAGGCUGUUGGUUUGCGAAAACUGGAUCUGGUCUGGGAUGCCUACAUGAAAGACAUGAGGAACAUUAUCCAGUACUCUUUAGACAUCAGAAGCCUUGGCAGUCUGCUAGAGGUGUUGGCCAACAAACAAAGCCAGGAACAAGAGGAGGAAGAGGAGCUUUUAGAAACAAGUGAGAAUACAGUCAGUAGAAAGCUCCCGAAAGGCUUCUUCACUGGGCAACCUAAUCUCAUUAUCUGCCCACAAGAUAAAAUCUUGACUGUAAGCGUCUGCUUAUAUAUGACCAGUGAUGAUGAGCAGCUGCCUACUUACGAUGAAGUUCUCCUGUGUACCCCUGCCACGUCAUAUGAGCAAGUGGAGCUUUUCUUCAGACGAUGUCUCACACCGGGCUACAUGGGUGAGAAGAUCUAUGCCUUGCUCUUUGCAGACCAGUUGAGCUAUGAGGUGAGCUAUGCAGUGGAGAAGUUCUUUCAGAAACUGAGUUCAUGCUUUCGGAGCAGCUAUAGGCUGGUGAUCAUCUGCAGCGCAGAAAGAGAGCACAACUACAUUCCCUCUGCCUUCAGUCACUUCAAACGGGACAUUGUCCCUCAGGAGUCUCCUGGACGGAUACAGAAAUACCUGUCCCGGCACUACACUGUCCCCUCACACCAGGCCAGUGCUGCAUCUGUGUUCAAAGGUAGACACUUUGUUGGGAUUGUGUCUUCCAAGAGGGCUGGAGUUGGAAAAUCUCUGUACAUACAAAGGUUGUAUGAUAAACUGGAGGGAACCAUGAGAAUAGGAACCACAUUCCACAAAUGCAUUCGCUUAAUUGAGCCCAAGGUUGAUGAGCAUAUCAUUCUUCGGUCCUUGUUUGACACACCAGAGAAGAAGGAACACAAAAUCUUUCAUUUUGAUGUCACAUCCUCAGUACAGAAAGGAAUGCAUGAAUUUCUGUUCAAACUGUUCUUCCUGCGUUACCUGGCCGAUUCGGAUGGGCUAAUGUGGAAAUGCAGCAGCAAGGACUUGUAUGUCAUCGAGACACUACAAUCCACACAUGAACUGCCCAGAUCUGCCUCAAGACCUGAUCCGAUGGGACACGUUCCUCUCUUUGAGGUCUUUCCAAAGGUCUUCUGCCGUCCCCCAAAAGAGGUUAUGUGGUUGGAGAUGAGAAAUGGAGAUGAUCUAGAGCUGAAAGGUGAAGACCCACUCAUGGAUGACCAGUGUUUUAGGAGUGAGGCCUUUCAAAGACCAUACCAGUAUUUAACACGGUUCCAUAGGGGUGAGAAUCUUGACAGCUUCACCUACCAAAGAGUUGAAGGAACUCAUGCAGAGUGCCUUCAAAUGCUCUUCAUCUACUGUGGCAUAAGUGAUCCGUCCUGGGCAGAGCUGAGGAACUUUGCCUGGUUCCUCAAUCUUCAGUUGCUAGACUGUGAGACAUCGGCCUUCUGCAACUUUCAGUUCAUUGGAGACACUCUUAGGGGAUUCAGAAACUUUGUGGUUGACUUCAUGAUCUUGAUGGCCAAGGACUUUGCCACUCCAUCUCUCUGCAUCACUGACCAGAGCCAUGGGAGGCAGCAGAUGGACCUCAAUGGACUCAACGAAAGGGAUCUAGCCCCGUUCCUCAUUCGAAAGAGAUGGGAAUCAGAACCGCAUCCAUAUAUCUUCUUCAAUGAUGACCAUGCAUCCAUGACCUUCAUUGGAUUUCACCUACGGGAGAACAAGAAGAAUGGGGUUGAUGCCAUUAAUCCAUCAACAAAUGUGGUGAUCAAGAGAAACAUUAUGACCAAAGAUCUGUACAAUGGCCUCAGACGUCAAAGAGUUCCAUUUAACAUUGACUUUGACCAACUUUCUCGGGCAGAAAAGAUUGUGCGUCUAUGUAGCGUGCUGGGGAUCAAGUGGCCAACAGACCCUGAUGAAACAUAUGAACUCACCACCGACAACAUACUGAAGAUGAUGGCAAUUCAUAUGAGGUUCAGAUGUGGCAUUCCAGUCAUCAUAAUGGGGGAGACUGGUUGUGGGAAGACACGACUCAUCAAGUUCCUGUGUGAGUUGAGAAGGAGUGGAGCACCCACCGAGAACAUGAAACUGGUCAAAGUUCACGGAGGAACUACAUCUGACAUGAUCUACACCAAAGUGCACGAGGCAGAGGCUGUUGCGGUUGCCAAUAAGGAGAAACAUGGUUUUGAUUCUGUUCUUUUCCUUGAUGAAGCUAAUACCACGGAAGCUAUAAGCAGCAUUAAGGAGAUCCUGUGUGACAACACUGUGCAAGGACAACAACUUGGCUACCAAACUGGACUGCAGAUCAUUGCUGCAUGCAACCCUUACAGGAAACACACAGAUGAGAUGAUCAAGAGGCUGGAGAAAGCUGGUUUGGGUUACAGGGUCCGAGCUGAAGAGACUGAAGAAAGACUUGGAUCAAUCCCUCUUCGGCAGCUGGUGUAUAGGGUCCAAGUGCUGCCCCCGAGCAUGAUUCCUCUGGUGUGGGACUUUGGACAACUCAAUGACCACACAGAGAAAAUGUACAUCCAGCAGAUUGUGCAGAGAGUUGUGGGGAAAAAUUCAAUCAAACGAGUAUCCAUCAAGUUGAUCACUGAUGUACUGUCGUCAUCGCAGAGAUUUAUGCGACAGAGGAAAGACGAAUGCAGCUUUGUCAGUCUCAGGGAUGUGGAGCGCUGCAUGCAAGUUUUUGUGUGGUUCUACAAGAACCACUCAAUGUUUUCUGAAGAGUUAAGGGCACUCUUCCAGAAACAACCCCGGGGGGAGAGGAACAGGUGUGACCAGGUACCCCCACCUGCUAGUGAUCCAGUUGAUUGGUCGCUGUUGAUGGCUGUUGGUGUGUGUUAUCAAGCCUGUUUAGAGACAAAAGGUGAGUACCAGAAAGAAAUCUGCAAAUUCUUUCCCCGUGUCCUCCCCCAAAAAAUGAAGCAGGAAAUCUCACUCAUGCAGGAUCUUCUCCUAAGUGGGGUCCCAAUGGGAGAGACAAUAGCAAGAAACAAGGCUUUGAAAGAGAAUGUCUUCAUGAUGGUGAUCUGCAUUGAGCUACGAAUCCCCCUGUUUUUGGUUGGCAAGCCUGGGAGCUCCAAAUCUCUGUCCAAAACUCUGGUUGCAGAUGCCAUGCAGGGCCAAGCUGCACAUUCCGAGCUGUACAAAAGACUGAAACAAAUUCAUCUGGUGUCCUUCCAGUGCAGCCCUCACUCCACGCCAGAGGGAAUCAUCAACACAUUCAAGCAAUGUGCCCGUUUCCAAGAGAGCAAGAAUUUGGAGGAGUACAUCUCUGUUGUUGUGCUAGAUGAGAUCGGAUUAGCAGAAGACUCCCCCAAAAUGCCUCUGAAAACACUGCACCCCUUACUGGAGGAAGGCUGCAUUGAUGAUGAGCCAUUGCCCCAUAAGAGGGUUGGAUUCAUUGGUAUCUCCAAUUGGGCCUUGGACCCUGCUAAGAUGAACAGAGGCCUCUUUGUGUCCCGUGGUGACCCAGACCAGAAUGAGCUAUUCGAAAGUGCGAAAGGCAUAUGCUCAUCUGACAAGAUGAUUCUGGAGAAGGUUAAGCACCUCUUCAAACCAUUUGCCAAAGCAUAUAUGAAGACUUGCAAGAAAGGCAAAGGGUUUUUCGGCUUACGUGAUUACUACAGUCUGGUCAAGAUGAUGUUUGCCAUCACCAAGAUCUCUAAGCAGAGCCCUGGUGUGAACCAAAUCAUUGAAGCAGUCCUGAGGAACUUCAGUGGAAGGGAUGAUGUUGAUGCGGUGUAUAUAUUCACCAAACAGCUGUGGGGCAAAUCGAAUAAACCUGAUUUGGAUGGGAUCAGCACUAUUGAUCUAGUGAAACAAAACAUAAUUCCAAUUUGCCAAGACGAGGAGUGCCGAUACCUUCUUGUCCUCACCAAAAACUAUGCCGCCCUCCAGAUUCUCCAGCAGACAUUCUUCUCAGACCAGAGCCACCCAGAGAUCAUCUUUGGUUCCAGCUUCCCAAAGGAUCAAGAGUACACUCAGAUCUGCAGAAAUAUCAACAGAGUGAAGAUCUGCAUGGAAACUGGCCAGACUGUUGUGCUUCUGAACCUUCAGAAUCUGUACGAAAGUCUCUAUGACGCUCUCAACCAAUACUAUGUUUCACUUGGGGGUCAGAAGUAUGUCGAUCUUGGAUUGGGAACCCAUCGUGUGAAGUGCAGAGUUCACAAAAAUUUCAGGCUUAUUGUCAUUGAAGAGAAGGAGGUGGUCUACACACAGUUCCCGAUUCCCUUGAUAAACAGACUGGAGAAGCACUACCUGGACAUCAACACUGUCCUCAAGAAUGAAGGGAAGGAGAUUGUCAAACAACUUCAGGAAUGGGUCAAAGUGUUUGUCUCUUUGAAAAGCCAGCAAUCCAAGACAAACAGAUAUCUUCCAACGGAUGUCUUCAUUGGCUACCACUCAGACACAUGCUCCUCUGUAGUCCUUCAAGUUACAGAGAAGAUGAAAGAUGAAUCUGACAUUUCUGACCCUCAAAGAAGAGUCCUGGAUGAAGCCAAGUUCAUCAUGCUGAACUGUGCCACUCCAGAUUCUGUCAUUCGUCUGGAUGGGACCAAAUUGUCUGAUGUUGAGAUAGAGAAACUGACACAAAUAUAUUUUGAGGAGCAGAAGCACAAAUCCCUGGCUGACUUCAUUGCAUCUCACACACGGCUGGAGGAAUGGUGCCAUGCCCACUUUACAGAGGUCACAACGUUUUCCCGGCAAUUGACAGCAGGAGAUAUAAAACAGCUCCAGAAUAUCACAGAGCUUUGCGACAUCAAGCUGCUCUCACUGCAACAGUUUGACACAGAGCACUCCUUCCUCAAAGAAAUCAGACAAUUUCUUGACUCUACCUCUGCCGACAAAGUCCUCAUCAUCCAAACUGACUAUGAUGAGGCUUCCCAGAGCAUGAACAUUCUUGCAUCUGCCAAGUAUUCAUCCAUAAAUGAAAUCAACAAACCAAAAGCUAAUGGUGACAAUGGAAGGGUGUUUGUGUACUUCGUUACCAAACUGCCUCGAAUUGAAGGUGGAACCUCCUAUGUUGGAUUCCAUGGAGGACCCUGGAAAUCAGUUCACAUUGAUGACCUUAGAAGAUCCAAAGAGUUUGUAUCAGAUGUCCAGUUCUUGAGAAACCUACCCAUCAGCCAGCUGUUUGAGGACAUGAAAGAGCCCUGUUAUGCAAUCCAACCCGAUACAGACACAGACUUCCAACCACCUGCACCAGAGCACUCUGUAAGUAUAAUGGUGGUGUUUGAUGAAGCAAUGCAACCCGAUACAGACACAGACUUCCAACCACCUGCACCAGAGCACUCUGUAAGUAUAAUGGUGGUGUUUGAUGAAGCAAUGCAACCCGAUACAGACACAGACUUCCAACUACCUGCACCAGAGCACUCUGUAAGUAUAAUGGUGGUGUUUGAUGAAGCAAUGCAACCCGAUACAGACACAGACUUCCAACCACCUGCACCAGAGCACUCUGUAAGUAUAAUGGUGGUGUUUGAUGAAGCAAUGCAACCCGAUACAGACACAGACUUCCAACCACCUGCACCAGAGCACUCUGUAAGUAUAAUGGUGGUGUUUGAUGAAGCAAUGCAACCCGAUACAGACACAGACUUCCAACCACCUGCACCAGAGCACUCUGUAAGUAUAAUGGUGGUGUUUGAUGAAGCAAUGCAACCCGAUACAGACACAGACUUCCAACCACCUGCACCAGAGCACUCUGUAAGUAUAAUGGUGGUGUUUGAUGAAGCAAUGCAACCCGAUACAGACACAGACUUCCAACCACCUGCACCAGAGCACUCUGCUGUGUUUGAAGUCACAGAUCUAGUGCGAAGCUGUGUGCAGAGUGCAGUAAGUAUGCUCAGAGAUCAGGAGGACAGUGGAGCUCUCAGCACCAGGAGGGUGGAGAUCCUGCUAACACUUAUGGAAGAUAGUGAGGAUCUGAAAGCUGUGUUCCUGAAAACCCUGAGGAGCCGCCUUCACUCUCUUCUGGAGAGCCACGAGAGAAACAUCCCCUCCCCCAAGUACUGGGUGUUAACAGAGGCAUCCAACAUCAAUGCUCUUCAAGAGGGGGGAACCUUCACACAAACUCUGUGGAAGAAAAUCCAAGCAGUGGUCACACCCGUUUUGGCUCAGUUGGUCUCAGUUAUCGACAGGGACUGUAAUCUGGACCUCCUCCUAGACGUCAACUGUGGGGCAGAAGUCAAGAAACUGUGGCUGGAGAUAUUCGGCAACAACGAGAUGCUUGAUAUUCCUCUUGUCAAAGUGGAUUCCAAUUCUGAGUCUAAGACCAUUCUGGUACAGAGCCAUAUCACAGCUGAGAGGACCAUGCGCUCCAGUAUGCCCUUCAGCUGGAGGAUCAGAGAUAUCCUGGAUGAACUAAUGAUGCAAACUCAGCAGUACGAAAGACACAGUCCUAGGCAGUUCGAGGAAUUCUUUCCGAAAAUCCCCCUUGGUCAGUAUAUGGCUACGAUGGAUGAAAAAAUGCAGAGGGAAUUUUUUCAAAGGUACCUGCAGGAUUUCAUUGCCAUGACGAUGAAAGUGUCUUCAGCGGGGGAGUUAAAGCUUCUGUGUGACGCCCUGAACAGCUGUGUGAAUGAGCUCCGGAGGCGACGAAAAGCUCCAAGUGAAGAGAUUCCAUCCAUACCCCUGAUCCACUCGGCCUACCACAUGUACCGCACCCGCCUUCAGAACCUGUCCAGGAUGAUGUCCCUGCAGCCACAGGUGGCCCUUCACUUGCAGCGAAACCCACAAGUGAAGGAUAGACCAGUGAUGGUUCUGGACGUGUACGCAGCAGUUGCCUGUGUUGAGCAGCUGGGGCCUCCUGCAUUGGACUCUAAUACCCAGUGCCAAGACUGGCUGACGCAGGUGAAAAGACUGCAGGGGUCUAUGGAGCUGGUCUGCUCCCAGGGAAGCCUGAGGCAGUAUGGAGAGAGGAGCCAGGAAAUGUUUAACUACAUCCGUAAUAAUUGGAACCACAUCUGCAUCCUCUCUCUGUUUGUGGAACACAUGCUGCUAGGCUUUGAGUUUGAGGAGAGGGAGCUCAAGCCUCUGGUCCUUGAUCACACUCGUACCUUAGGCAAAAUUCUGUCAAAACAUUCAGACGUCAAAUCUGAGGAACCCUUUGCAGCCGUCAUUAAAAUACUGAAGUCAUGCAAGAAAGGAGCAAGUGAUCUUAUUUGCAAGUUUGAUCUCCAGUGCCCUGUGUGUAUGGGGGAACCAGAGGACCCCGUGGACCUGCCCUGUCACCAUAUUUUCUGUCUGACCUGUGUCAAAAGACGUGUCAACGUGGGCCAGAUGUACUGCCCCAUGUGCAAACAGGAACUCCCAGAUGACUUUGAGGUGAAAGUGUCUGAAGACGUACGAGCUUCCAUCACCCUAAAUGGCCAGUUCAGACGGAGUUGCAGUGCGUUUUUCAUAAACCUCGUCACUACUGUGUGCUUCAAGGACAACAUCCCCCCAUCAAAGGGUGUCAUCCUGCAGCUGUUGUCCUUCCUCAUGGUCGAGACAGAUCCGAUUCCACUCAUCAGAGCACAAAGUCAGAUACACACCAAAGAUUUCUCACCAUUUGAUGAGUCUCUGGACAAAAAUCCUGUGGUGAGAUCAGUGAUACUCAAACUCCUGCUCAAGUACAGCUUUGAUGAAGUCAAGGAAUAUCUGCAGCAGCAUUUGACAUCGAUAGAAGAGAGCAACAUUGUCGAUGCAGAAGAUAAAAAUGAACUGUAUGCGUUGUACAUUAACUGCCUUGAGGACUCAUUGUUGGAAAGAAUGCCACAAGAAAACACCUGCCUUCAGGAAGAGACUGAGUUCUUGCAUCACUUCCUGGACUCUGUCACUGACUCGGCUGAGACGGUCACAAUAGAGUACCUGCAGCAGAUCGCUAGGGUCCGCUUGUGCCUGGGCAAGGCUGCACACCUUCUCCAUAGCAUGCUGUCUGGGGUAUGUGCAAGUCCUCAGGAUGUGGUUGAGGAGUUUCUUCGUGCUGUUAGGAACCUGUGUGAGAGGAGUGUGAACGACUGGUACCGGGUCUACCUGAUCCGCAACAUCAGCAGACAGCAGGGUGUAGAGUGUGUCCAGGGGAUGCUGAAGGAAGCCGAGUACAGGUGGCUUUUCCCUGAAGAGAUACAUCAACAGAAUGAAGAUGGUGGGCAGAUGGACCAGUAUCUGGUCUAUGGAGAGCAAUACCUGGCUGUACGGGAGGCUGUUGCCAAAGCAGUAUUAGAGGGCACUGUGGAGGACAUAGAGAAGAAGUGUGAGAGAUGUACUGCACCUCCAAAGAGGCGGACCUUGUAUAUCCUGCUGGCUCUUUUCAGAGAAGUCACCAGUCUGUACCGAGCAGCCAACACAGGCCUCCAUCCCAGCCCUAAGAAAUGCCAAGAACUUGAGUACUUCAUCCAGGGUUCAAGGUACCUAGAUCCCAAGCCAGUGAGGGACUUUGCCAUGGCAUUGGUGCAGAACAGGAUGGGAGAACUGAAUGUCCAUAAUGGCCGUACUGGUGCAGAGCACGUCCUUAUAGAGCUGGCUGUCCACCUGGCCGCUGUGCUGCUCACUGGGACAGAAGGGGUGCUUACACCUCUUCAGCAGCUUGGCCUGACUCCUAACAACAUGCAGAGAGCCUUCAUACCCACGAUGCCUGAAGACAUGCUGGCUAUGGCCCAAAGGGUUUUAACACAGACUGGAGGCCUUCAAGCACUCACCUGGUAUUCCUGUCCUGAAGGACACCCUUGUGCUGUUGGUGAGUGUGGUCGCCCCACCCAGCUGGCACGCUGUCUAGAGUGUGGGGCAGUAGUUGGAGGGAAGAACCAUGCUCCUGUCAGAGGUUUCAGUGCUAUGGGACUGCAGCGGGGAGAUCUGACAAGGACUGGUCACAUCCUAGGAGAUCCUCAGAGGAGGGACAACCCAGACUCCCAGGACACCAAAAACAUGUCCUUCACCCCCUUCACCCUCGUCAGGCUGCUCACCCAUCUAGCCAUGCUGCUAGGGGCCUCAGAGCACCCACAGUCCGUCCAGCAGAUCAUCCAGCCUCCAGUUGCUGACCCCUGUAGAUUUCUGAUCCUUCACCUGCUAAAGGAUAUGGAUCAUGUGACCAAAGCCCUGGGGAAGGGAACAGAUGGCAUGGUCACCGCCAUCCACCUGAUAAUCAGAUCCAUCCUGGAGUCACCACAGACCAAUCCAUGGAUGGCUGGCUAUGAUUCCCAACUGUCAACUAAAGAGGCCAGAAAUACCUGGGAGACAACCGUUGCUACUGACAUCAUCACUCCUCAGUUGAAGCAUCUUGACCAGCGGCUGAGAGAGGUGAAUGCCACAAUCAGAAAUGACUCGCGUGUCUCCUCUAACUUCAUCAUGAGGGUGACAUUCGGGGAUGAGUGUCCGUUGUCCUCGCUACCUCGGGGCUCCCAGGUCCACUGUUCAGGAGUGUGGAGCUGCAGAGAGAGGGUGUCCCUACUCAGCCUCACCCACAUCGUAGAGCAGAACGAUGGAAAGGACAAGCUCCCUCUACUAUGGAGGUUCCUACAGAAGGAGGCAGAGUUCCGGCUGGUGAGGUUCCUUCCAGAUAUCCUGGCCCUGCAGAAGAGUCUGGUGAAAAGGUUCCAGAAGUCAUCAGACCUGAUGAAUGACUCCAUUAGAGAGUUCAUCCAGAAACAGUCAGCACCGAUGAGAGUGUGCUAUGAGAAACGAAUCCAGAUCUUCCUGAAUACAUGGAACUUGCUCAGAUUGUCAGUAGCCACCAGUGAAAUAAAGAUCCCAGAAGAGUUCUGGAAGGAGAAUUUGGACCAGGACAGUGACCUCCAAUACCUCCUGCCACGGCGCCAGGGUCCAGGCCUGUGUUCCACCGCUCUGCUCAGUCACCUGGUGGCCCUGCACAAUGAGCUGCUUCACGCUGUGGACCGUCACACUGGGGAAGACACCAGCUACAAGGUGAGUCUGUCAGAGCUGACAGAUCUGCAUGUGAUCCGCUAUGAAGUGGAGAAGGACCUGCUGCCACUGGUGCUGUCAAACUGCCAGUACAGCCUGGAGCGUGGCAAGGAGACCCUGUCUGAGUACGACCUUCCCAAAAUCCAGCAGCAGGUCCUAACCCGCUUCCUGCAGGGCAAACCCCUCAUAACACUAACUGGAAUCCCGAUUUUGGUCACCAGACAUGAAAGAGAUUACGAAAGCAUUUUGAAAACAGUGAAAGGAAAAGUGUCUCAGGAGCGUCUGCCGUCCCUGACCCUCACAGCCCUGUCCAGGGAUCUGGAGUCGCACAGUGAGGUGUGUGAUGCCCUGAAGGCUAUGGAGCUGGCUCUGGGCUUCCUGUCCAUGACUGGGGGAGACACCCACAUGCCCUUGGUGCGUUACCUGGGGGACACGCUCAGGAUGAGCGAGCAGACCGAACCACACUUCUUAAAGGCUCUGGGCAGAUGCAGUCUGAAGCACUGUGUGGCUCUGUGGCAGCUCCUCUCUUCCCUCAAAUCAGAGAACAUGCUGAAGAGUCUGAAGAGGGACCCAUUCUCUGGGGUCUCGGCUGAGUACCAGAAGCACCUGGAGGAGGAGCAGAAGAAGCUGCUCCAAGGUUUCAUCACCGUGGGGAACAUCAACACCUGGCUUCUGGAGAUGCACGAGUUCCUCCUGCUGAACCUGGGGAGCCCUCGUGCCUCGGAUACCUAUGGACCACACUGGAGUGUCAAAGAGACUUUGGCUGCAUACAUGGAUCGCAAAGAAGUACAAGUCCCUCCUGACGUGGAGGCUUCCUUCCCUGAUGAGAUACUCCUCUCACAGAUUGUGGAGACCUGGAAAUUUACUGUGACUUACAAACAAGAAUGGAUGAUGUAAUCGAUUCCACCUGAACGUGAUUUGUAAAGGACUACACUGGAUCACCGGGGAAAUGUUAGAAUAGAACACAAGUGCUUCUGAUUGUAUGCUGUAUAGAUGUAUGUGCUUUCUCCAGUGAUCUCACAGUAUGUGCCACACUGACACACCAUACUUAGAUACUAAGAGGAUUUAUAACUGGUAUGUGGGGAAUCUUGCCUUUCUCCAAACAAAACCUUCCUUGAAUGCAAAAUUUUCUCAGGAAAACAUUCCAAAUAUCAUUUUUUGCUCAGACUAUGGGGUUGGUUCAAUCCGUAUCGCUGAUGUUCAGGGCAAUAGCGCAAUUGAAUAUUAAAGGCAUUGUUACUGCGUUCGCAUGAGACUGCAUUCACGGUAAACACUGUAUAUGUCGGCUCAAUUGGAAAUGACCUUUACAUUUUAAGCGCGCCAUAGUGGUGGACUUCGGGUAAACGGAUUGAAUCAAGCCUUAUUUAAACCAAACUGUGUUUACAGAAUGUUUUAUGCAAUCAUUUUUGUUACUAGAUGUUUAUUUUGUGGGAAAUAUUUUUUACAUUAUUUGAGAGACUAACUCCAGUGCAGUUUUUAUGUUUACCACAUGUUUAUGUUAUGCUCUUCUCUUUUACACAUUGUACUUUUAAAUGGGUUUAUAUUUUGGGAGAAUAUUGGUGGUUGGUGUUAUUUUAAAGUUAAUAUUUCCAAACAUUAUGUUCAGAUCAGUGCAAUAAGCAUCCGCUUGAGGGUGCUAUUGGCCCACAUUUUGUAAUUUACAGUCCUGAAGAUCUAAAAUCAAGUUAGUUAAAUACAUGACCUAAUAAUUUUAUCUGCCUGGUUUUAAUGUCUUCUGGUUGAAUAUGACUACAUUAUCUUCUUCCAUUUGUUUAAGAAAAUGUGUCCAAAUCAUGGCAUCUUGAAAUAAAAGGGCUGGUGCUGUCAAGAGG